ACUUGGCUAGCAAUGUCAGUAGUCCAUCUUCCUCCUCUCGCUUCAGCGCUUCAUCAUCUCAUCAAGAACAGGUAACCCUUUUCCCAUGUAGAAUCAUGAGAAUUGCUUUGUCUCUCCCCCGAAGAUUACUUGAAUAAAGGGGCUUUUUAUUUGUGUUGGUCACUUCUAUGAAUUGAAUUGUUUAAUUCUCCGCAUUAUAAAGUGCUGGGUGAGAAAAGAUGGCAUCUACGUUACCAAGCUACCUUGAUCAAUUGGCUGAUCUACAUUACCAAGCUUCAUUAACAGUCUCUUUUCAAAUUCCAUGCUUUAAUUUGAUUGGUCUGGCUUUGUUUUUGUGGAAUUCCAAAGACAACCAUGUUGAAAUUAAUCAUCAGGAUGGUGGUCCUGUCAUGAUUUUGUUUGGAUUUAGUGCUCUAUGUAGACUAAUUGAUCACCAAGAAAGCUGUGCCUUUUUUCAUAGAACAGAUGUGGGAGGAUGCACAUGUACUGCUUGUGUGACAUUCAACAAUGCUUACGCUCUCAAAACUGCUAUGUUGCUCAGUAUAGCUCAGGGAGCCACCAUAGUUGAUCAUAAUGGAUCUGUUGAGGAAUCUUCUUAAUCUUCUAGUCCACGCCCACCUGAUAUUAUGUGCAGCUGUUGUUUUGCUCAUUUUGUCCUGUUUUGACAUCCCAGGGAGCUAACAUAGUUGAUCAAUAUGUAUGCAUAUAAUGCUGCAUCCUUGGGAUGGUCCUUCAUAGAUGAUUCAAGAGGAUACUAGCACAACAGUAUGCCUUUAUUUACUCUAGUGGGAGAGCAAGUUCGUUGUUCUUUUGUUACCCAAACUCCAUUAUAUACAAUUAUCUUCGAUUACUAAUUGUUG